GAAUAUUUCUCCCAAGAUGGGCUCAAUUUCUGAAUCGCCGUCCGUCACCAGGAAAGACCGGUCGAACUCGCUAUUCUCAAAUCUUCCCCCGAUACCAGUCGACGAGCCUUUCUCAGUCAACGGUGCCUACAUACAAGAUACUCACCCACAAAAAGUGAAUCUGGGAAUAGGCGUUUAUCGCACCGCCGACGGCUUACCAUGGCCAUUACGAGUCGUUGAAGAUGCAGAAAAGGCGAUCUACGAGGCAAGAGAUGUCAACAGACAUGAAUAUCUUACCAUUCAAGGCGACCGCGAGUUCCUUCGGCUGGCUGCUGACCUCGUCUUUGGAUUUGACGAGAAGAAGGAAGAUCUGUCCACGACGGAGAAACAAAGGAGCAGGGUUGUUUCUAUCCAAACCGUGUCAGGAACAGGCGCAAACAGAUUAGGUGCUGAGCUGUUGGCUCGCAAUGUGCGACCAGGUUGCGUUUGGAUCCCCGAGCCUACCUGGGCAAACCAUCACACCAUUUGGGAACUGGCCGGUGUGCCGAGAAAGGGGUACCCGUACUACGAUCGUAGUUCCCGGUCAUUCGAUUUUGAAGGAACGGUUCGAACAAUAUCGGAAUCAGCGCAGAAGAACGACGUUGUUAUCCUUCAUGCAUGCGCUCAUAACCCCACAGGUGCAGACCCAACCCGCGAACAGUGGGAAGUCCUGGCUCAAUUAUGCAAAGAUAAAGGAAUCAUUCCUUUCUUCGAUCUCGCCUACCAAGGCUUUGCCUCGGGAGAUGCCGAGAAGGAUGCAUGGGCCAUACGGCAUUUCUUCCAGGAUGCGUGCCAGCUCGAGUUCUGCGUGGCGCAGUCAUUCUCGAAGAACUUCGGAUUAUAUGGCCAGCGAGUUGGAGCUUUGCAUGUUGUGACCUAUCCCAACAGCAAUGGUGUAGCUCAAGAUAUACUGGCAAAUUUGUGCCAUCUCGUUCGUGGGGAGUACUCUAUGGCCCCAAGGGGAGGCGCGGAAAUUGUCCGGACUGUGCUGGGAAAUAAAUAUCUCCGUGGUAAAUGGUUAGAAGACCUUACUACAAUGAGUCAGAGGAUCCAGCGUAUGAGACAUGCGCUCUAUCAUGAGUUGGUCAGUUUACAAACACCUGGUGAUUGGAAGCAUGUUGUGAGCCAGAUUGGCAUGUUCACAUAUGUUGGGCUCUCUGAGAGUCAAGUAUUUGCAAUUCGAGAAAGGCAUCACAUUUACAUGCUGAAAUCGGGUAGGAUCUCAAUUUCUGGGCUGAAUGAGCGAAAUGUCCAAUAUGUUGCAAGGGGAAUUGAUGAUGUAGUUCGAACAGUGAAUUAGAGUCCGUAGCUUUACAUCAUGAUAUCAAUAGAUACUGCUUUAGAAAUAAAGAAUGAUUCUUGAUUCUCCAGCUCUCACGAAGGCAUCUUGUUGGACCUUGUCAUGAUGAAUCAAGUCGAGCUCAAUAAGGACAGA